UCCUGGUCAAAGUCUUGAAAAGCUUUGGUAAAAGAUUCUCAAAAGGAGAGAAAUUUAGCCAUUUUUCUAUCAUUUUUCGCUUUAGAAACCUUAACGAAACUUAGCUGACAUGCACCUAAAGAGCCCAGUAUUCGGUCCGAAGAGUAAAAACAAGAAAAUGAAGACUUCCCACUCUGUUUUAACGGCGGAGAAGAAUGGCAAUAUGGCGGCCAUUCAAAGUCAAAGGACAGCGAUGCACGAUGAAUAUCGUUACAGCGCUCCUUGCCACUACGAAUCCAGGCGUUGUAUUUGACAAUGGGGCUUUUGGCUUGGCCUCUCCACUUCCCUUUACAGACUUGCUAGAGAUCUCGAGUCAAGACAAAGAAGAGAGGGAAGGAGAUGGCUGGGUUGGUUGGAAACAAGGCUCUUAUGGCCAACCAUUUUUUGACCAAGUUGCUGAACUGGAAAGUAUAUUGACAAACCUUGAUGAUUCUGAUUCUUUGAAAACUCCUGGUUGUUGCCUGAACCUAUUGAAUGAAAAAACAGAAUUUAUUCAAGAAGUACCAGCAUUCAUUAGUAACUUGAAAGAAAGCCCAUUAAUUUUGCCUGAGUCUUCAUUUGAAGACCUUGACCUACCAUCCUCCACUGAUAUACUUGAGUCCCCAGACGAGGAUGUGGAAUCAAUAGAUACUGGUAGUAGUACCUCUGAUAAGGUUGCUGGAUUAGAGAGUUUAGAUCCAUUUGCAUCUGCCAAAGAAGCAAGACCAAGGAAACAAGGAAAGAGCAGAUCAUCACCACCAAUGGACAGUUUCAUGAAGACUUUGGAUAAGAGAAUCCGAAACAAUCAGGCUUCCAAGAAAUUCAGAAAGGUUAGAAAAGGAAAGCAGAGAGCACUGUUUGACAAAGUUCAGGAGCUGGCCAAUGAAAAUUAUGAGCUUAAAGUGCAGAUGGAAAAGUUGGUUCAAGAAAUAGAUCAGUUGAAGGCAAACAUACCAGAGGAUAUCCAGCUUUUGGUCUAAACAUCAAACAGCUAUAAAGAAUGUCUACCUAAUCCAUGUGUUCAAGUCUAGAAUCUCCAGUCUAAAAUGUGAGGUCACUGAAUAAAUUAAGAUUAUUUUUUCACCCUAUUAUUCCACACUUUAUUAACACUACACACAGGCGGCCCUGGGAGUGUUGAAAAAGUUGUAACAUUACCAAGUUUCAUGAAAUUUCAAUGAAACAUAACAAAAGCUAUAACAACCUUAGUGUUUUCUUAACACUUCCAGGCCCAGCGUUACCUUAUUUUUGUCAACUUUGCUUCCCACCAUAGGCCUUUUCUGAGUUUGAUGAACAAAAGAUCUUUGUACCAAAGCUAGGCCCAUGCACCAGGUUCCRUAUCUCAGAGAAGUUAUGUACCAUUCUGAGUAGCAACUGACAUAGUACACACCACAGUAUAAACCUAUCUAUUUCAUACCUAUAUCUUUUCAUUGGACUAUGCUAGACAUUCUCAAGCAAUACUUACUAUCAUUUAAAACUUGAGAUGAGAAUUAGAAGUGCUUUUCUCAGAGCUGAUAGCUUGUUUCAUGAAAAAGUUACUCCCAUUUUCAUAAGUACUUGACCAAAACAGCUCAAGAUAUCUGGGUUCUUGGCUUCUGCCAAUCAACAAACGCAGCUCAAUGGAAAUUUGAUUGAUGAAAGUGAAAAAACCAAAUUAUUCUUGAAUUAUAGCCACCUAUUUGGGUCAUGUAGUUAUGAAAAUGCUUGCAAUGAUUUUAGACUUUUACUUUAUUUAGAGUUUGAUAAAAACUUGUUCACUCAACAAACUUUAGAGUUAGGCAGGGGUGAAUCCAGGGGGACAGUUUUAGGGAUUGCAACCCUCCAAUGAGAAUUUUGAUUUCUAUUUAAACAAAAUGAAUUUUUGUUUUGGGGGGGGGGGGGGGGGGGGGGUUGGGUUGAUUUUUUUUUUUUUACAUGUGGAUGCAUCUUAAAUGCAGAACCCCCUCUUUAAAAAAAAUCCUGAUUCUGCCCCUGGUAGUAUUCACAAAACAAAGACAAAAUUGCCACAAAACAAGAGUGAAAACAGGCCUCUAGUUAAUGACAUUUGAAUGAUUAGGUCAUUUCAAUGACAGUUUAAUUAAUGUUUAGUAUCAAGUAUAUAGUUUCAUGUACUUUAUAGAAAAAUGUAUGUAGAUGUAUAUAAGGGAACAUUAUUUAGAAGGGUGACGGAUGAGAAAUAGAUGAACCCCUUCACCUCCAAGGUUCAUCUGAUUCCCUACUCCUGCAAUUCAGAGUACAUUUCAAAGGAAUUAUGACAAUUUCGGCAUUUCUCUCCCCCUGCUAUAUUUCUCACUCAUCUUCUCCCCUCCCUACAAUAAAUUAAUGUUCUCUUAUACAAUCUUAAAUUAUAAUAAUAAUAAAAUUGUUAGUUUAAUAAUCAUAAUUGGUAUAAGCAAAAUUAUUUAGAUUAUUGCUGUUUACUAAUAAUAGUUAUCAGCAACUUUCUAUAGGAUCUGUGUUUUAUUAGGUUUAUGCCAUUAGAGUGACCACAGUAAAUCAGUGAAACACUAAUAGCGCAGCGCAACGGUGAUGUCAUAAAAACAAAGACAAAGGCGAAAUUCGGACAAACAAACUUACAAGUUUACUUUCAGCAGAUAAUUUUCACAGCCGAUCRCAGUUGAU